AUUUUGCAGGAUUUUCGCGUAUUUCUUGACGGAGCAAAGAAUGGAGCUAUCGUAAUAUCGUUAGGAACAAAUGUGAAAUGGAAAGAUGUCGGUCUAGAUAAGAUUAAAACCGUUAUACUGGCUCUGUCGAAACUGAAGCAACGAGUGCUGUGGAAGCUAGAUAUUGAAGUGCCAUUUGAGAUACCGAACAAUGUAAUGGUUAUAAAAUGGAUGCCGCAAAGCGAAAUUUUAUCUCAUAAAAAUGUAAGAGCAAUAUGGACGCAUGGUGGUCUUCUCAGUACGCAGGAAGCCAUUUGGAAAGGUAUACCAAUGAUCGUGAUGCCUUUCUAUAUGGAUCAAAAACCCAAUGCAAAAAUAUUAGUAGCUAAAGGCGUUAGCAUAUACUUGGAUAUUAAAACUUUGUCCACGCAGUCCAUAUCACACGCAGCUGAAGAACUACUUUACAACAAAAGUUAUACAAGAAACAUGAAGCAAUUAUCCAGCGAAUUCCGGGAUCGGCCAAUAUCGCCAUUAGAUUUAGCUGUUUGGAGCAUUGAAUACACAGCCCGCCAUCCAAAUGGAACUUUAGUAACGCCGCUGAGAUCUCAGAGCUGCCAUGGGUGGAACAAAAUCUGAUCGAUGUCUACUCAUUUUUGUUCCUUAAUUUCUUUAUAAUAGUGUUGAGUAUAUUCUUUGUAAUAAAGUUAUUGAUUAAUUCUUAUAAUCAUAUAUACACCACAUCUAAAUUAUGCAAGAGCAAACAAGCGUAAAGGUCAAUCCAGACAAACUUGCAUAGGUGUAUAAGUAUAAUAUAUAUGCAUAAGAAGGUGGAUUGGUCUAUUUCCUUAUGCACAUGUAUACGGAUCAAUCAAUAUUCUCAUAUGCUUAUGUUUAUGCACUAUAUGCAAGUUUGUCUGGAUC